CAUGAUUACCCAUGAACUGAUUAAAGAUAAUAAACAGUAUCUUAAUGCCAUUCUUAAAUCAAUACUAUUCAAUUGCGAUCUCUACGAUGAUAUCGUCAGCGAUAACAGUUGAAUACCGUACUAAUGUUAUUCACAGCUGCGUACAUAUGUUGACAUGUAUAUAAACUGUACCAUAUGCGUUACAGUGCCUCUGAAUUUUGUCAGGCGCGGUGUGAAAGCAAAUCUACACAAUGACGCAGCUAGCGUGUAUCCUGAUCGCAUUGGCGAUCGUAGGUGUUUAUGGCGAUGAACCAGAAAAGUUAGUAAAUGGAAUACCAGCAGACGUAAAAGACUAUCCGCAUUGUAUCUCCAUAAGAGCUAACGGCAACCAUAUGUGCGGUGGUAGCAUAAUUGAUAAGCAAUACAUUCUAACUGCCGCGCAUUGCGUGGUGCCUCUAAUGCAGGACUCCCGUCUAAGGGAAUCUGUGACCGUUGUUACUGGCACGACCUAUCUCAACGCAGGCGGACAGGCUCAUAAGGUGGAAAAAAUGUGGUACCACGAUAAUUAUAAUCUUCGCGCUUUAGGCAGAAGCAGUAACGACAUCGGUUUGAUAAAGUUGACUGAGCCCAUCGAGUUUGGCCCAACACAGCAGGCAAUUAAGCUCCCAACAAAAGAUAUAGCUAAGGGUGAUGCAGUUACGAUUGCCGCCUGGGGUUCUACGGGCUUCGGAAAACCUAUACAUGACAACUUGCAGAAAUUGAACGCGAAAGCAAUGCUUCCGGAAGAAUGCCAAGCUUAUCACUCAUUUUUAAUGCACAUUAACAAGAACGAAGUCUGUACCCUCAUCACCAAGGGAACUGGAUUAUGUCAUGGUGACAGUGGUAGCGGACUGAUUCAGGACAGCGACGGAACAAUUAUCGGUCUGGUGUCUGGCGGAAGGCCGUGCGCCACAGGUUACCCAGAUGUAUACACCAAUGUUUUCCGUUACGUUUCUUGGAUCAACGAAAAAAUGAACUAAUAUCGUUCUCUUUAUGUAUUCUAUUACCUAUACAU